UGCGGACAACAGAACAAACGUAACAGCUUCCGGUUUCCUUUAGAAUUCGUGCGUGCUUGUGUGAGCGUUGAGUUUUAAUUAUUUCAAAUGUCUGAAAAACGAAACAAUGUGAUGUUUAUUAAUAGUAGCUGAUAUACAACAACAAGUAUUGCAUCUGGCGUUUUUUAGAUCAUAGGCUACUCAUUUUGCUAGCCAUUUACAGAGAUAAGUUAUAACCUUGGUGUCACCGGUCCAAAUGGCUGUUUUCUGUCGUGCAUUGCAGAAACCUUCAUUUGCAGUUAAGAAUUUGCCAGAGGCCACACAGUUGCCCUGGAUGGUGUCUCUACGCUGCAAAUUCACCAAACCACGCAUUCCUCCAGAGGUGUUUGAGGAACGGUCCAAAGAGCACGAGAAAUAUGGCGGGGACCCCGAGCAACCUCACAAGCUGCAUCUUGUCACGCGGGUGAAGACCGCGAUUCGCCGACCCUACUGGGAGAAAAAGAUUGUGCACGACCUUGGCCUGGGAAAGGCCCACCAAGCUUGUGUACAUAAGAAUAUCCCUUCGGUCAAUAACAAACUGAAAGUCAUAAAACACCUUGUAAAGAUCCAGCCCCUGAAGCUGCCCCAAGGACUUCCGGCUGAAGAGGACAUAGCCGACACGCUGCUGACCAGCAGAGGAGAGCUGGUGGUCAGAAAGCGACUCAAACCCCUGGAGCCAAAGGCCAUCGAGCCUUAGGCCAAAGCGUCAUGCUGGCUAUCCUGUAAAAUAAUUAAAUCUUUCUAUUGCCA